ACGGCUGUUGUAUGCAUAGCUCCAUGCUAUCAGAGUCUGAAACGAAGUAAACUCUGGGAAUGAAAUUUGUAAAUCCGCCUUCUAAACAUAGAACAGUCAUUGGCCUGUAUGAUUUCAGCCAUUUGGCCAUGUGUUCAGCGACUCAAGUCCGUUCUGGGUAAAAUUUCGUUGUCCAAAAAGAUGGGCAAAAUUAAAACCAAGAGGCAAAAGCUACACACCCCGGCACAUUUUAAAAGGGAGAAGAAAGAGGAUGACUCGUGUCCAGAUUUGUCACACUUAAAGGCAUCCCUGAUACCCCCUGGUGCUGAGUUCCCCACCCAGGGGCUCUUCAGUCAAGACACGCCACCGACACACCCGAGUCAAUCCCAGCAUUCCUCAGCAUAUAAUGAGGAGGAUGAUAGGAGAAGCUUCAUCUCCAAGAAGAGCAUCAAAGGUGGACGGGGGCACAUCACCAAGAAAGAGAAGAUGAAGUUAAGACAUGACAAGUGGUUGGAAAAAAUGGAAACAAUUCAAGUGGCUAAGAGGAAUAAGAAGAAUGCCAAGAAGCGAUCGGAGAGGCCGAUCAUUGGUGACUUGAAUCCCCUGAACCAGGCCUUGCCAGAGCUCUCUGAGAUCAUUGCACUCAGUCACAGGAAGACUCAAGAAUCAAAAAAGGCGCAGGAGAAGAAAGAACACAAAGGCACCAUGAAAGUCAAAGACAGACAACAGCUUCUCUUAGAGGAAUCGACAAGAUUCAAGCAAGUCCUGAAGCAUUCUGCCUUCAAGUCUAACCCUUUCUCCACCAUCAAUGAGCAUCUUAAGAACAAGCUCCAAGAGGAACAAGAUGCUCAGAGAUGACAUGAACAAGUUGCAAGCUUGCAAGCUUGCUGUAAGGUGUCUGAACAUCAACAGUUUUAAAGGGCCCAUGAAAUGGAAUUAUCUUUUCAAUGCAAUCCUUAAAUGUACCUUUGUGUUCCAUUUAGUUUCAUUGGUAAUCUCCAUAUUGCAAUUUUAAGGGCAUUUUGGUGCAUUUUUGUUUUUAUGCUAAUGAAAAUUUCCCUAUUACAAAUAUGCACAGAUAUUUUCAAUAAGUAGAAGUUUGGGUUUACAAUUUCAAGAGAAAAACCCGAAUCUGAAGAGCGUGUUCCUAAAGUGACAUCACAGCAACAGCGCCCUCAGUUGCCAGGAAAAGCAUGAACCAUCUUAAAUGUUUAAAAAAGUGCACUUUACAAAACUUUUUACCAAAAGGGGAUGUCUCAUAGUUUUCACACAUUUCAGAGGAAUGGAUAUUUACUACAAAUAUGCUCCAUUAAAAAACAUAAUUUCAUGGGCCCUUUAAAACACAAGGAAACGUCAAUUGAAACACAUGCAAACCAUAGAUUUUGUGCAUUGUUACAUAGAUAGCACUUGUGAGGUGUAUGUACACAUGACCAAUUUUCAUUUGAAUGAGGGGAAAACCAACAGUGUCAUUGUAGACAUGUAGGUUUCUGGGACACUUCAGCAAAGAAUCUGCAUAUCUCCCGCUUUGUAACUAUUGAGGGGGUACUCAUGCACUGAGUUCAUUCAUAAAUGCAUUACAGGUUAAAGAUCUUAAGAUGAUGAUGUUUUGAGGAUGUGUGGUGCUGUUCAGAACCACACAACUUCCCAAAAAGGGAUUUCUACAUGGUGUUAAGGAAAACCUGCACUAAUACCACCACCAUGCAAAGUUUCAAAUCUUAAUGAUACUUGAGUCUUUACCUUCAUGCAUUUGGAGACAUAGCAUACCUCAUGGUGUACAUGUAACUGACAAAGUAAAUUUCAUGAAGUCAACAGUUGUAGUGUUUUUUUAAGGGAAUAAAUGUGUGCUUGGGAGGUGUUAAACAUUAUGUUUAAGACUGGUUGGAGUCUGGAUGCUGAUAAUUACCCAUUCCUUUUCGGUAAAAAAAAAAAAAAACUUUUCGGUCCAAAAGUCCAAACAAGUCCAAAAAUAAAAAUUUACAACGAUUUUGUUCAACACUUUUACUUCAUGUUUUUUUAAACACCCCUCUAGCUAUAAUGUACUGUCCAGCUCACGAGUAAGACGUAAAUAACUCCUUUUAUGGAGAUUGGCGCACGCGUCGCGUCUUCUGCGCGAUGACGCGCAGAUGCAGCUGUGGUGAGUGCAUUGUGAAUUUAGGACUAUGAAUACCGACUCACAUGCAUACGUGAGGAUUGUGAACGUUCACCAAGAAAAAGGUAAAAGGCAAUGGAUUUCAUAGGAGUCCAAAUUUAAUGUGACACGGGGAAAGUAGACCAGCCAGCCAGAGCCGUUUUCCAAACCCCGGUUUCGGCUUUGUAUCCGGUUCAUCCUAGUGCCAACCAGCGUGAAUGGAGCCAGAGAUGGAGCCGAAGCCGGGGUUUGGAAAACGGCCCAUGUCUUUAUCAUCCGUUUAAGACUGGCCACGUGACGGGCUCUCGACCAAUGGGAAUGGGUAAACUGUCUUAGGUAUUUAUGAAUUUAAGUUCAAACUAACAUUAGGAAUCUGUUUGUUCCAAAAUAUGCUUUAAAUAAUAUCGCAUUCAACCAUAUUUUAAAAAAUAUAAAUCAGCUUUUUCAUCCUUAUGAAAGGUGGUAAACGUAAACGGAAAAGACAGAAAUGUAUAGAAAUUAAAUGCUGUGGUCAAAUGGAAUGAGUUUAAUUGCAAUAAAGCACACUGGAAUAUACAGAACAAAA